AUGGCUCUCAAAAAAUGGUCACAUGAACAAAUUACAGAAGCUUCUUCUUCUCUCUUUUUUCCAUCUCUUUUUUUCCUUAUAAGUCUGUUGAUUGUGUUUAAGUUUGCAUUUAGAAAAACCAAAUCCAAAACCAGUUUAAAUCAGCUUCCUUAUCCACCAAAGCUACCGUUCAUUGGUAAUCUUCACCAGCUAGGAACACUUCCACAUCGUUCACUUCGAGACCUAUCACUCAAAUAUGGCAACAUGAUGAUGCUGCAGUUAGGACAAAAACAAACUCCAACUCUAGUGAUUUCAUCAGGAGAAGUAGCCAUGGAAAUCAUGAAAAAUCAUGAUAUAGUUUUCUCAAACCGACCACAACAUAUAGCUCCAAAAAUCUUACUGUAUGGAUGUACGGAUGUUGGUUUUGGAAAUUAUGGAGAAAAUUGGAGACAGAAAAGAAAAAUAUGUGUUCUAGAACUUUUGAGUGUGAAAAGUGUAAAAUCGUUUCAGGUUAUUAGAGAAGAAGAAGUUGAAGAAAUGGUGAGUAUGCUACGUGAAGCUAGCUUGAACAAUGCAUGUGUGAAUCUAAGUGAGAUGUUUGUUUCAGUAACAAACAAUAUUGUUUGUAAGAGUGCUCUUGGAAGGAAGUGUGAAGGAGAAGUGAAAGAGUUAGCAAGAAAGGUUAUGAUUUAUAUUACAACUUUUGUUGUUGGAGAUUAUUUCCCUUCUUUGGGUUGGAUUGAUGUUCUUAGUGGAAAAAUUAGGGAAUUUAAGGACACUUUUCAAGCACUUGAUGAUUUGUUUGAUAAAGUGAUUGAAGAGCGUUUGGCUUUGAAGAAGAUGGAAAAUGAUCAGUUCAAGAAGAAAGGGUUUGUGGAUAUUCUUCUUGAGUUACAAGAGGAUGGCAUGCUUGGCUUUGAACUCACCAAUAAUGAUGUUAAAGGAAUUCUAAUGGAUAUGUUUGUUGGAGGAACAGACACAACAUCAGCAACAUUAGAAUGGACAAUGUCAGAGCUCAUGAGACAUCCAUCCACAAUGAAGAAAGCACAAGAAGAAGUAAGAAGAGUUGUAAGCAAUAAAUCAAAAGUUGAAGAAAGUGACGUAAAUCAAAUGCACUAUUUAAAAUGUGUAGUGAAAGAAAUUCUAAGGUUACAUCCUGCUACUCCUCUAAUGGCUCCUAGAGAAACAAUAUCAAGUGUGAAUCUAAAAGGGUAUGAUAUUCCUGAAAAAACAAUGGUGUAUGUAAACAAUUGGGCAAUACAAAGAGACCCUAAAAAUUGGGAAAAUCCUGAGGAGUUUAUGCCAGAGAGAUUUGAACACUGCCAAGUUGAUUUUAGAGGUCAAGAUUUUCAGUUCAUUCCUUUUGGUUUUGGGAGAAGGGGGUGUCCUGGAAUGAAUUAUGGAAUCACUGCUGUUGAAUAUAUACUUGCUAACAUUCUUUAUUGGUUUGAUUGGGAAAAAAAGUCAGGUAAAGAAGAUAUAGAUAUGAGUGAAGCAUUUGGACUUGUUGUUUCAAUGAAAGAACCACUUCAGCUUAAACCAAUUGCAUGUUCAUUUUAA